AUGUCUUCAAACAAAACCAAAGACAAGCCAAAGAAAGUCUCAUCGGAAUCUGACUCUUCAGACGAUUCAUCUUCCGAUGAUGAUUUAUUUCAUCACAAAGCUGCAAAAUCGUACAAACAAUCAACAUGGAAAUAUUCACAUGCUCCUCCAACAUCACCAAGUGAGCCUAACAAGAAGAAGAAUCUAUUGGAAAUUGCAAAAGCUUCCUCUCCAAACUCAAAAAGUACUGAAGCUAAAAAGGAGGAAACGACCAAUAAUGAAGACUUACUAUUAGAGCUGCAAGUGGAUAUGUAUAAAAACGAGCUUCAUAAAAAGAAUGCGAAAAGAAAUUCAGUCACCGAUGAAGAUUCCAAAAAAAAACGAAAACCAACGGAUGAAGAAUUAAAGAAAAUUAUAUUAGAACAAAAAAAGCAAAGAAGAGAACAGAAGCGAACAAAACACACUCAUAGCUCGUCGAUUCCUCCGGAAGAUAUCAUUUCAAUCGAUGACGAUCUUACUCCGACGACAGUAGAAAAUGCACCAAGUAGUUCUAGCACUUUUCCUACUGCAACAACAAGCACAUUGUUUGGAAACAUGGGUAGCACAUUUUCAUCAAGUUCGACCAUGUUUGGUCGGUCAACUCCAACUUUUUCAAAUCCAUUCCGUACCAUUAGCCCCUACCCAUCGUAUAAUCCAGGAGACUUCUUUUAUGAACGCUCUAAAAAUGAUUUACAGAGAAAGCUCGAUACAUUAUUGGAAAGCAGCACCGAGUCAGUGUUUGAAAAAUUCGAAACUAUUGAUAAGUCGGCAACAGAGCUCUCAGAAAAAGAAAGACAGCGUAUCGAACAGUCUCUCAAAAAACAAUUAGAGGAAUUGAGGCCUGAGCUCAAGCUUGACGAUUCAACAUUAAUUGAUCAAGAAGAGGAAGCAGACAAUAAGGGAGAAAAAAUUAUCAUUAGAGUGAGAUGGAAUGAAAAAGUAGUUCCUAUUAACAUGACUGUAACAGACAAAUUCCAAAAGCUGAAAAAAGCAGUGGCAAAACAAUUUGAUGCUCAUACUGAUCAAGUCACUUUGAUCUUUGAUGGAAUGUCUUUAGAUUUAAAUUCAACACCGGAGGAACAAGGGAUGGAAACAGAUGAUAUUAUUGAUUGUAAAAUUGACAAAUCCAAACCAAUUUCGAAAAUAAUUACAUCAUCCUUGUCUUCUUCCAAAAAGCCCUCGACAGCCAUUGAGAUUAUUGAUGAUACGGCCACCAAAGUUACCAUUAAUGUAAGGGCAAAAGAAAAGACAUUUCCAGUCAAGAUCAGCACGACGGACAAAUUUUCAAAGAUUGCAAAGUAUGUUUCAAAACAGCUGAACGUGGAUGACUCAAAAGUCAAGUUACUGUUAGAUGGAAUGGUUCUUGAUUUAAAUGACACUCCUGAGGACCACGACAUGGAAGAUGAAGACAUUAUUGAUUGUCAAGUAAAAACAAAGUGA